CGCGUGUUUUGGUGUUCUUCGUUACAUGAAUAAAUUCGUAAUACUUGUCGGUUGGAAAACUAACGUGUUUGGUCAUUCCUUCAAAUGAUCAAAGUACCUGGCUUUGUUAUAUCCCAGUUACUGGGACGAGGGACGUAUGGACACGUAUACAUGGCUAGAAAGCUCACUUUGGAUUCGCCCAAUGUAUUGAAGAGACAGCUAAAAAGAAUGAAGUUCGUGGCACAUUAUUGUAUAUGGCACCUGAAAUAUUCCGUGAGGGUGUUUACCAUCCUUCCUGUGAUCUGUGGUCCAUCGGUAUUAUUUUAUAUGAAUGCUUAUUUGGUGCUAGUCCUUAUGGUCAGAUAACAGUUGAACAAUUAAAAGAAAGAUUGAUAGCAACGGAUGAACCAAUUAAGUUACCUUCUUUAACUGAGAUAAGCAAACCAUGUGCUGCAUUAUUAAGUGGUUUGUUAAAACGGAACCCAUCUGAACGCUUAAAUCAUGAACAAUUUUUUUCACAUCCAUUUAUUGACUUAGAUCAUGUACCAUCAGCACAAAGUCUAGAUAAAGCUACUGAAUAUCUUGAACGUGCACCUCGAUUAGAAUCAGUUGGGAAAUUAUGUGAAGCCUAUGAUUGUUAUUUAGAGGGUUUAAAUCAUUUAAUGGCUGCAUAUAAUUAUGAGCAACUGCGCUUCAAGAAGUCAGAAAUACGAAAGCUGAUGAAAGAGUAUUUGUUAAAAACAGAAUCAUUGAAAUUAGAAUUAUGUCUUCUUAGUAGUCAUACAAAAAUGACUUCUCAUUCAUCAUCGGAAUUCGAACCAAAAACUUCUAAUAGACAAGCAGUUAAUUUACCUGAUCCUAUUGUUCCAAUAAAAUGUUAUAGUGCAUCACAACAGCCUAAAAACAACACUAAGUCAUCAGAGAAAAGCCUAUUUCAUUAUUUAACAAAACGAAAAGAUGAUAAUCAGUGUCAAUUAAAAAAUCAAUCACAAUCUAAUUCUGAAACAUGUCAACCGCGAAAUUCAGUUACACGUAAUGAUUUCACAAAUUCGACGAAAGAGUAUGUUUCGACAGAUUCAGUCGAACGAAUUAAUGAUUGUUUAACUUCGGAUAAAGCUAACAUCCUUACUCGUAUGAAGCAUUGGUUCUCGAGACAGAAUGCUAAAACUGAAAAUUCCCAUGAAUCCAAACAUGUGCCUACCGCCAUAUUGGUCGAUUUGGAUUCUCCAAAUUCCUCUACACCGUUGUCAUCGGAGUUGCCUAACUCUCCACCUAUCCCUCCCGCAUCUACUAAUCUUUGUUCUAAUUUAAUCAAUUCAACUGAAGAAGAAGAAAAACAUUUAGUUCGUAGUCAGUCUGUUAAUUCUUCCACAAGUGAACAAUCAACCAUUAAACCAUGCAUAAUGACAACUUCAUUGGAUUCAUCGAAAUCUCGAAAUUCCCAGUUAGAAUCUGAAUCGCAUAUUGACGCAAUGGAUAUGGUAGAUGGUUUAACUGAGAAAUUUGGUCGUAGUCGGAUGUUAGAACACCUGGGUACUGUCAAUAAUGUUGUGACUGAAUUUUUGGACAAGUUUUAUGAACUUAUUUCUAAACAGCAUUUACAGGAAGCACUGAUCUAUUUUCAAAACGAAUUCUCAAACUGUUUAAAAGCAGCUCAAGACGAUUCUAAUUCCAAGAAUCGGAGUAUUUUGCUUAAAGAAUUAAGUCUUGCCAUGGAUAAAGCUGAACAACUUAAAAUCCAUUUAACUUGUAACAACAGUAAAGUAAUCAAUGAAAAUGAAUCUUCCAAUUUUCAAAUUGGUGAAGAACUAUUCGAUGAAAAUCCACAAGAUGAAGAUCGAUGUGCAUUAAUGUGA